AAUCAAUUGCGCAGGAACUGGACUAUAAAUAAAAUUGCUCUUAUGCUCUCUCUGGUAUCGAACAUGCAUGCAAGCAGUCGGCCAUGUGAAAAUUCACCAAUUCCGCAAAUUAGAGACUAAAAAGUGCAAUAAUCAAGUGAUGCAAAAGCUACGUCAUUCCGUCGUCCAACUGCAAAAGUCUACGUGCACCUAGAAGAGGAUAUUAGAUGACUCUUCGGUAAGACGAAUUGUAACGACUAAAAUGAACAUGGAUGAAACACAAACAGAAAUUCAAAUAACCCUCCAAAACUUUAGAGACAUGGAUGCAUAUAUCAGAGGAAUGAUGGCCCUGAUUUCUGAUGAAAUUAGCAAAAAUGAUUUGGAAUACAUGUAUUUAAAAAAUCUAGUUAUUCAGAAACCUGCGUCCACACCACCACCACCAAGUAGUCCAAUAAAAAAUAGCAAAAUUAGGAUAAUAAGUGAUAUAAGGAUCAAUAGUUCAUCAACUUCGGUUAAGGAGAUGCGUCCUGCUCUUCUACCCGAGUUUCCUGCUGUUCUACCUGAGUUAAAUCUUGACUUACCUCCCGCAACUUACGAGCUACCUGAUUUGGACGAAUGGUGUAGUUAUUAAAUUAUUAUUGUUAGUUUUGAAAACAUCAAUUUGUGAUAAUUAUAAGAUGUGAAAUUUUC